CUUAGGAGAGACUGUUUUAUAAGGGGAUUCUCUGACGGAGAUUCACGUACAGUAACACGAGAAUGCAGAUCCAAAGACAAGCGCUUCGAGUCCUGAAACUCCGCUUUCUGGGCUGGCUCCACACAGUUUCUUUCCGAUGCUGUUUGUCCCUCGCGAGGCACCGUUGGUUCGCCUAGUAGGCGUGACUAGGGGCUGGAAGUAGGGCGGGAGCGGGGCCGUGGAGGCACGGCCGCCGCUGUCAUGGACGCCUGGGUCCGCUUCAGUUCCCAGAGCCAGGCUCGGGAGCGGCUGUGUAGGGCCGCCCAGUAUGCGUGCUCCCUUCUUGGCCAUGCACUGCAGAGACGUGGGGCCAGUCCUGAGUUACAGAAACGGAUUCAGCAACUGGAGGGUCACCUGAGCCUUGGAAGAAAACUUCUACGCCUGGGCAACUCAGCAGAUGCUCUCGAGUCAGCCAAAAGAGCUGUGCACCUAUCAGAUGUUGUCCUGAGAUUCUGCAUCACUGUUAGUCACCUCAAUCGAGCCUUGUACUUCGCAUGUGACAAUGUCCUAUGGGCUGGAAAGUCUGGACUAGCUCCCCAUGUGGAUCAGGAGAAGUGGGUGCAACGCUCAUUCAGGUACUAUCUCUUUUCCCUCAUCAUGAAUUUGAGCCGUGAUGCUUAUGAAAUUCGCUUACUCAUGGAACAAGAGUCUUCAGCUUGUAACCGGAGACUGAAGGGCUCUGGAGGAGGAGUCCUAGGAGGACUUGAAACUGGAGGAUCUGGAGGACCAGGAACUCCCGGAAGAGGCCUGCCUCAACUGGCUCUGAAGCUUCGGCUCCAAGUCCUGCUCUUGGCUCGGGUCCUUCAAGGUCAUCCCCCACUUCUGCUGGAUGUGGUCAAAAAUGCCUGUGAUCUCUUCAUUCCACUGGACAAAUUAGGCCUCUGGCGCUGUGGCCCUGGGAUUGUGGGGCUUUGUGGCCUUGUGUCCUCCAUCCUGUCAAUUCUCACCCUAAUCUAUCCCUGGUUAAGACUCAAGCCUUGACACUCUGGUACAGGAUAAAGAGGGGACCUGAACUGGUGAAAUGAAAUUUGAGAUCAUCUCCCAUGCACUAGCCUCAUUCUAAUUCUACUUCUUGAUUAGUUAAAAUCCUGAAUUUAGGGGUUUAGGGAGGAGACUUGGGGAAGAUGAGGCAAAGAUAGAUGACUUGUCAAUAGAGUGAUUCUGAUACCCAGAUAUGCCUAAGCUUUUAUUCUUUUUCUCUUUCAUUGUCUGAAUCUCUCUUGACUCUAUUUUAUAAUCCCAAGUCUAUUUAAGAUACUUCUUGCUUUAUCUGCACAGUCCCCUGUCUAGAAAUUAAAUGGAGAUCCUUUUUGGUAGAGAUCCUUUUUGGUAACAUUUGAUUUGUAAGACUCUGCCUUCUUUUUUUCUCCAGAGGGUGCUUGUGACAAAUUAUUUUUCUCCUUCAGACUCCAAAUCAUAAUUUUUUAUUGUUGUUUAUUGAUACAGGGCCUCACUAUGCAGCCCAGGCUGGCCUCAACUCAAGUGAUCUUCCUGCCUCAGCCUCCUGA